UGAAAAGCCACAAAGUACCUACAUACCUAGUCAACGUUACAUUUGUAUUAUUUAAAUUCUAAAUGAAUUAUCCUUAUUUUGAGUUACUUGUGCCAUAACAAAGAAUGACAUCUGACGAUAACAUUAUGUCGAGACACAAUUUCAAAUGUGAAGAAUCAAUAAGUUCCUUAAACGUAAAAUACAACCAAUGUAAUUCCAUGUUAGUCUUUUGGAACAAAAAUCAAAUAUUUAUUUACGAUAAUUUAAAGUUUCCAAAUCCAAAUUACUCUAAAUAUAUUUUACCGCAAUAUCAUAUACACGACUUGUUAGUCUACAACAAUUACAUCGUCUGUUUGGAUAUAAACGGAAGCGUCCACAUAAUAUCUCUGAAAUUCAAGAAUACAAAUGUAUUAAUCAGAAAUAUGUUUUCACCGUUAGAACAGAAUAUCAUAGCAAUAUGUAAUUUUACUCCUGAGACUAUAUUGUUUCUAAAACAAAAUUCUGAUAACUGUUUACUAUCUAUUCAUAAAGUAAAUUCUGAACUACAACCAGAGAAAAAAAUACUUCUUUCUGUCUCUACAGAGAAUUUUUGCACAAAAAACAUUCAGACGAAAUGUAUUUUAAAGACAUGCGGAUUAAGCUUAAAUAACUUCAAUGAAAUAAAAAGUUUAUUUCAUUCCAAUGAAAACACAUUAUACAACAAUCACAAUUUACUAUUGAUAACGUUUGAUAGAAUGACAAUAUAUGGAGCUGUUUUUAAUAAUCAAACUGAACAGAUUUCACUACAAAAAAUUUACUCGUGUCCAUCGUUAAUAUGUAAUAUUGAAAUAAACCAAAAUGAUUUACAGAUAGUUGUUGCAUUAAAUAUAGGCACUAUCAUAAAAUUUUACCUGAACACCGAGGAGCAUAAUAAAAUUCAUUUGAACACUGCUAUACAUAAAAUGACUGUAAUGAAAGACACACUAAUAUAUACAGAUGGUUUAACAAUGUGGAGAGCCAAUUUAAACAAUGAUGGAAAGUUUAAAAGAUAUUUUGCAAGACAAGUUUACGAUUUUGUAAUAAUUGGUGAUCAGAUUAUAUGUACAUCUUUUAUGAAUAUAAUAUACAGUUUCUCGGUUGAAGAUUAUAAACACAAUCAUCAUUAUGAUGAAAGUCAUAUUCUGGCUGACAUCAUAUUGAGUAAUUCAGAAUGUCUGAAUCAGAUUUUUGAGGAAAUUGAAAACAAUAGCAAGAUUGCUAAGAAAAUUAAAGAAGAGGAAACAUACAUAAGUUGCAUAGCAUUGGCCAACAGACUGGACAUAAUGAAUGAAGUUUUCCAAACUAAUAUUAACGUAUACACAAAUUAUGAUGAAGUUCAAAAAGCACAUUCCGACAUGAUUCUAACAGAGAAAUUGAAAGAAUAUUUUGAAAUAGACACAAUAUUACUCUCUGUAGAAUUAUCUACAACAACAGUGCACCAUACAAUAAAAAAUAUACUUACAAAUUUAGUUGAAAAUUUAAGAAUCUAUACCACUUUAUCAUUUGGCAAUAAAUUUUUGAAGACUGUUACUAUAAAAGUGAGAGAGUAUUUGAAGACGGUAAAGUAUUUGAUACCACUUAAGUCAAAAUUAAACAGAGUUAAUGUUAAUAUCAAAUUGGUAGUGAAGUUACCAGGAGUCCAUGACAAAAGAGAUUGUGUUUAUACAGUUUUGUAUACAAAGAAUGUUUUGUUAACUGCAGAACAUUUUAUAAAAAUUCACAAAGAUUCUAGAACAAUAUGUUUGAAGCAACCAAAUAAAACAUUGCAGAAAUUAGUACAAGAAUCAUCUGAGCUUUUACAUGGAAAUCUUUUUAAUAUCCACACUGCUAAUUUUAUAGACAAUCAUUAUUCUUUCUAUGUAAAAUUACCCAAUGAUUACAAAGAAAUAUUUAAAAACGAAACAUAUUGUAAAAAUAAGGUACAAAAGGAAACAUAUGAAUAUUUAAGUAGUCAAUAUAAUAGUGAUGAGUUUUUAAAAUCUAAGAGUAAAUUAAAUCUUGAAAUUGGCGAUUCCAAAAUUGUUGUUGAAGUUGUAAAUGAUGGUUUCUCAGAACCUUUACUAAAAAUUAGUGGAGGUAAUAUGAGUAUAGGAUAUGAUAUAAGGAAUUUUUUUGCUAAAAUACUCUACGAUGAGAACAGCUCUAUAAAACAUGAAGUGAAUCAUACUUUUUAUACUACAGUUGAGAAUUUACAGAAAACCAUUAAAAAUUACAUCUUUGGUUCGUUUGAAGAUUUCACGUUAGUGUUUGAGCAAUUCGAAAGAAACAUUAUCGGAGGUCUACCAUUCUGAUUCCUAAAUUGCUAAUUAAAACGAACGAGCAAAGAUUGUUUCGAAAACGAGUAUUUGUUCACUUCGUCUUUUUGUUGUAAGAUAUUUGUUUC